AUGCAACGGCCAGCGACGGAAGGCGGCUACGACUUUGCCAGCACCGGAGAGUGCGUCAUGCAGCCGCGGCAAACGUGGCCCGCGAAGCUCAGGGAGUGGGUGGAGAGCAGCCUCAAGUACACGGCCACGGAUGCCUUUCGAGACUUGCAGAUGGCCGCCUCAAACCACGGGCAGGGCCGGCUGCUCAGCGCCGAGGAGAUGUUUGCCGAGGAGGGCUUCCUGAGCAAGUUGGGCUCAUGGCUCGAGCGGGCCCAUGAGGCUGCGACCUCCUUUCCGGUGGGCCUGUGGACCCAAGAGCUCCAUGACGACUUCAUCCGUCUCUUCGGCUUUCCAGUCCUGGACUUCUUCCCCGGCGUGCCUUAUGUCGGGAACUUCUCCGUCAUGCGGAAGCUCUACGAGGCCGGAAGCCCGGAGGCUCUGGCAGGCAAUGCCUCUGCUAAGGCAAGCGCCAAGGCCUCGCAUGCCGAGCACGGCCUCCUGGUGAAGGCCGCAGUGGUGCCGAGAUCGCAUGGGGCGUCGGCCUGCGAGGGCGCCCGCGGUCUCCAGGAGUCCCUUGGCCCCCGGCCCGAGUUCGGCCUGGACGCAAGCCUCGGGCCGAGCACUGUAGAGCAGGUUUGCCACAUUCACUAA